GGAGCGGCGCGAGCUCUACCGCCGCAACUUGGGGGCGGGGGAAUUAUGGGGUCGACUGCGUUGGACCUGGCAGGGCUAAUGAGCAUGGUGUGAUGAUCAUGCACAUCUUGUCGCUCGCGCUCACGCACCACUUGAUGCUGGUGCGCGCACAGCAAUUCAGCUGAGCCUCGCUCGGGCCCUCGGGGGCCUCGGGCGCUUUUCGACAAACUACAGUGGUCGUAGGCCCAGCAUAUAAGAUCUCAGCAGUGCGUGGUCUCGCAGCAACUCAGCGGACGAUCUCACGAGCAGAGUGAGAAGCUGCUCUCAGGACUCCGCCUUUCGCUCGUCCUCACUCUCUCACGUCGCUCUCUGCUCACAUCCAGACCCAGAGAGAGGCAGAGUCUCGCGGUCUAGUGCUCGAGGAGUGUGGACCGACUGACAGCGCGAGCAGUGGUCGUGCCCUUGCGUGCUCUUCAAGCCCGUGCGCGGAUUCUCAUCAAUCCAGUCCGUGAGAGGAGGUGCCCAGAUCUCGCCAGCAGCUCGACGGACGCCUGGUACAAAGUACCGAAUUCCGAGGAAGGGAGCAGCAGAAGACGAAGAAGGAGAAGGCGAGGGGAGAGGAUCAUCUCGAACGGAGCUGCCGAACUGUCUUUGGGCAGGUCCAGCGCUGAGAAGAAUGGUGGUCGAGACUGGAGCAAGCGAGGUGAGCAUCGUGGAGCAGAAGAUGGCAGCUCUGGGAUCGCUGUGCUUGCAGCCUGAGAAGGCAGGAGCCAUGGACCCGCUGUGCUGGGGCCAAGCGGCGGAGAAACUGUCAGGAUCGCACCUCGAGGAGGUGAGGAAGCUAGUGAGGGAGUUCCAGGAGACGAAGGAGGUGAAAAUUCAGGGUGUGACAUUGAGCGUCGCCCAGGUCGCAGCCGUCGCCCGCAAUGGGGCUCAGGUCACAUUGGACGCGGAGGUGGCCAAAGAGCGCGUGGAUGAGAGCUCGCAAUGGGUGCACGACAAUAUGAUGCGAGGGACCGACACCUACGGGGUCACCACGGGAUUCGGGGCCACCUCGCACCGGCGAACGAACCAGGGCGUGGAGCUGCAGAAGGAGCUGAUCCGAUUUCUGAAUGCGGGAGUGAUCAAUGUGGGCGAAGGCAACACUCUGCCGGCUGCCACCACGCGCGCCGCCAUGCUCGUGCGCACCAACACUUUGCUGCAGGGCUUCUCGGGCAUUCGAUGGGAAAUCCUCGAAGCGCUGCAGAACCUGAUCAACUCGCAGAUCACUCCCAAGCUGCCUCUGCGCGGCACCAUCACCGCCUCGGGCGACCUCGUGCCGCUCUCGUACAUCGCCGGGCUGCUCACUGCCAGGCCCAACUCGCGCGCCCUGACGGCCGACGGGCGCACCGUGACGGCCGAGGAGGCGCUAAAGCUCGCCGGCGUCGCGGCCCCGUUCGUCCUGCAGCCCAAGGAGGGGUUGGCGCUCGUUAACGGAACCGCCGUCGGCUCGGGCUUGGCUGCCACCGUGUGCUACGACUCCAACGUGCUGGCCGUGCUGGCCGAGGUGACGUCGGCGCUCUUCUGCGAGGCCAUGAACGGGAAACCGGAAUUCACCGAUUACCUGACGCACAAGCUCAAACACCACCCGGGCCAGAUCGAGGCCGCGGCCGUGAUGGACUGGGUGCUCGACGGCAGCGCGUACAUGAAGGCGGCCGAGGAGCUCCACCGGACGGACCCGCUCAAGAAGCCCAAGCAGGACCGGUACGCUCUGCGGACGUCGCCGCAGUGGCUGGGUCCGCAGGUCGAAGUCAUCCGGCAGGCGACGCACUCCAUUCAGCGCGAGAUCAACUCCGUCAACGAUAACCCGUUGAUCGACGUGUCGAGGAACAUGGCCGUUCACGGAGGCAACUUUCAGGGGACGCCCAUCGGCGUCUCCAUGGACAACCUGCGCCUGGCGCUCUCGGCCAUCGGGAAGCUCAUGUUCGCGCAAUUCUCCGAGCUGGUGAACGACUUCUACAACGGCGGCCUGCCGUCGAAUCUUAGCGGCGGGCCGAAUCCGAGUCUGGACUACGGGUUCAAGGGAGCAGAGAUCGCCAUGGCGUCCUACUGCUCCGAGCUGCUGUACCUGGCAUCGCCGGUCACCACGCACGUGCAGAGCGCGGAGCAGCACAACCAGGACGUGAACUCGCUGGGGCUCAUCUCGGCGCGCAAGACCGAGGAGGCCGUGGAGGUGCUGAAGCUUAUGUUCGCGACGUACCUGGUCGCGCUGUGCCAGGCCGUCGACCUGCGGCACCUGGAGGAGAACCUGCAGGCGGCCGUGCAUCAGGUCGUCAAGCAGGUGGCCAAGAAGACGCUCUCGGUCGGCAGCGCGGGCGUGCUGCUGCCGUCGCGCUUCGCCGAGAAGGACCUGCUCAAGGUGGUGGCUGACGUGCACGUGUUCCUCUACGCGGACGACCCCGUCAGCGCCGCGUACCCGCUCAUGGACGGCCUACGUAAGACUCUGGUCGAGCACGCCCUGAAGAGCCCCAAGGACACCGAGUGCAACGCCGACACGUCCAUUCUGCAGAAGAUCCCGCUCUUCGAGGACGAGCUCAAGGCGCAGCUCCCUGGCGCCGUCACGGCGGCCCGAGAGAAUUACGACAAGGGCGUCACGGCCAGGUCCAACAAAAUCAAGGACUGCAGGACGUACCCUCUGUACAAGCUGGUGCGUGAGGACUUGGCGACCAAAUUGCUCAGCGGCACCGAGACUCGCAGCCCCGGGCAGGACAUCGAGGUCGUGUACGAGGCCAUCUCGCAGGGCAAGCUGGCCACUCCUCUCCUGCAGUGCCUGGAGGGAUGGAACGGAGCCCCGGGCCCGUUCUAAACAGCAGCAGCAGCAGCAGAAGAAGAAGAGCAGAUCAGAUCCGUGCAUAAGACUCCCCACAUUGGGGAUUGUGGCUGCCUGGCCUCGGCGUGGUUGUGACAGUCGUGUAGAGAUUGCCCUUGUAAAUUAGGAUCCGCAACGGGCUCAACGAGAUUGGGCCAGGCGAAGCAUGGUCAUACGUCGACAGUAGAAUCAGAAUCAGAAUCAGAAUUCUCUGAAUAACGCGGCGACAAUUUGCCUCUGACGAGCGACUGACUGCCAGGAGGUAGGCUCCAAGUCGCCAAAUUAGGAUCAUCCUCUGCAUCCCUCUCGCACUCUUAGAGAAGCCAGCCAUGCCGAGUGUUCACGCGGUUGGGCGGGAAGGAAAGUUAAACGCCAUAGGUUUGCACGAGUAGAUAGGAGUCGGAUGAAGAUUAUUGGUCCAUCGUGCUGCGGGCGAAGAUGGAGACCAAGUUUUCAAAGGAGAUAGGGAGAGAGAGAGAGAGAGAUUAUAGGUAAACGUUUAGGCGUAGAGCGGAUUUCGAGCUGCAAUCCACGGGAUGGUAAUCUUUGAUGUACACUAUUACUUCGUGCACAACAUUUCCGUCGGAGAUUCAUACAAAAAAUUGUCAAUACAUUUUAAGUUUCCCGACU